GAGAAUAAGGCCAAAUGACGUGCCAAAGGAACACUUGAGCGCCAACCUUUUCUACAUUAAAGUUGCCAGCGCAUAAGAACCUUCAAGUUGUUUCAGGAUCAUUGUCAAGCCCCGAACCAUGACACCCACUGUGAUACCAGUGGAAUUAGCUGAAAUCAUAAUUGAUUUUCUCUUCGAUGAUUCAAAAACUCUGGGGACAUGCUCAUUAGUGUGCUCAGCCUGGGUCGCUCGUACAAGACACUUGCUUUUCGGGACGGUACAUUUGGACCGUCGACGUUCAACAACUUUUAUCGAUCUUCUUUCUCAUCCGUGUUCAACCAUCCUAGCUCGCAUUCACCGACUCGAUAUCGAUUGCGGUGCAGUCACCGGCUGCCUUUCAACUCAUCAGCCUCCCAUUGAAACAGAUUUGAGCUCCACAUUCAAGUUGGAAGAGGCCGUACUGCCUUUCGACAGCUUCCUUUCUGCGUUCAAACGAAUCGCCAUUCUUCACGCUCCUCGCGGUACUGGUAUUCGGUGUCUUCGUUUAUCCAAUCUGGACUUCACCGCAUAUCCUUUGGAACUUCAAUCCAGUAUAACCACGACUCUUGGACUUCUUUUCCCCACAACCACCUUACUUGGAUUAGACCAUGUUGUCUUACACGACAUACGUCAGCUUAAUUCAAGCGUGUUAUGCGCUUUCCCUAGUUUGGAGCGGUUAGAGGCGAGGUUGAAAUUCUUGAAGUAUCUCGAGUCAAGUAUGGCACCUAGAGCUGUGUCACGAAAUGACCAGAAACUUCCAGCAGGGUUGAAGGAAGUUGAGCUUGCUGAUGAUGGAAUGGCGACAGUGCUGAACUGUAUCGCACAAAGUCAGACCGACUUUCAGCACCGAUUGAACGUGCAUCACCUUUCCGUUGAAGGGUGCACCCCCGAGAUGUUUCCCUAUGUCUCUGGUGCGCUGCAAGCUCUCUCGGGGAGCCUUAAGACCUUUCGUCUCUCAUUUCUUCCGGAAAAGGACAACUAUUUUUACGAAGUCUGCCCAGCAUCGUAGGCCAGAUCCUCCUACCUACAAGACUCAUUAGAAUUGUUUAACAAAAGCUGAUGACAUCGAUGUUGCUUUGUCCAUAUAACAUUACACUCCACGUUUUCCGAAUUCCACAGCUCUUGGCAAAUAUCACUGCCUUGCUCCUCCUCACUGCCGUAUUUGUUCAAGUACAGGCUAUCAAGCAGCGUCUGGAAUUUUUAUGCAGGCUUUUAGUCCUCAGCUGUUGCUGCAGGUAGUCAAAGGCGAAGAGAUGGCGACGUCAUAAUCAGAAUCGAAUGAUUGAGAUGGACUCAGAUCGUGACCCACUCCAGCAAUCUUACAGAUAGUUUUGCU